CGCGGUCCAAUCUGACAUAAGACCAGGCGUUUGGUCCCUACUCCAGGUCACACUGAAUUUUGCCUAGACAGGAGUCGCUUUCAAAACAUUAUACCCCAAUAUGGCAACCAGGUGGGGAAUCUGUAGCGCUGGGAAAAUAUGCCACGAUUUCACUGUGGCACUGAAAACGCUCCCUCCAGGAGAUCACCAGAUUGUUGCCGUGGCAGCUCGGAAACUUCAGGACGCACAGGAGUUUGCAAAGAAGCACAGCAUCCCUAAAGCCUACGGCAGCUAUGAGGAAUUGGCAAGAGAUCCAGAGAUUGACGUGGUAUACGUCGGUGUCAUACAACCUUACCAUCUGCCAGUAUGCACUGUCUUCAUGAAGGCCCAGAAGAAUGUGCUGUGUGAGAAGCCACUGGCCAUGAACUUCAGAGAGGUGCAGGAGCUGGUGACCUCUGCUAAGAUGAACAAUGUCUUUCUCAUGGAGGCACUGUGGACGCGCUUCUUCCCAGCCACCCUGGAAAUUGGACGCCUCCUGUCUCAGGGGGACGUGGGCGAGGUGAAGAUGGUGAAAGCUGACUUUGGGUUGCCGCUUAUGUCCGUGCCUAGAGCUGUUCAGAAAGAGCUUGGAGGAGGGGCACUGUUGGAUAUCGGCAUCUACUGCCUGCAGUUCAUUUGUAUGGUGUACAAUGGAGAGAAGCCUGAGUGCAUCCAAGCCACCGGGGUCUGUCUGGACACAGGUGUAGAUGAAGGCAUGGUUGUCACACUGAAAUUCUCCAGGAACAGAAUGGCAGUGUUCACCUGCUCUAUUGCUGUGACGCUUCCCAAUGAGGCUUCUAUCAUUGGCACUAAGGGCACCAUUAGGGUUCCCCAGCACAUGUGGUGUCCUACCUCUCUGGUGGUGAACGGGAAGGAGACUACGUACCCUCUACCCGACCCGUACCUGCCGCUCAAUUUCAUCAACAGCACGGGCAUGCGCUAUGAAGCCGAGGAGGUGCGCCAGUGCCUUCUCAAAGGCCUUAAGGAGAGCCCCAGGAUGUCUAACACAGACUCUCUGCUUCUGGCUGAGGUGAUGGACGAGGCACGCAGACAGGUGGGCGUAGUAUACAGCCAGGACCAGUGACGAACACAUGACUGUUAUACAUGGUGCAUCUUUGUUCAAUAAAAUGUGAACCACCAA